UAUAUGAUUUCCUAUACAUGUUAUCAUAUAUUAACUACAGGUUCACAUUCAGUUAGAUAUAUCCGCCUAAAUAGGAAGUUUAAUUUACAACAAACUGGAUGUGUGAGCUAUUCGGAUAAACAGAAAUGUCCGAUCGAAACAGCUACGCUACAGCAUGGGACUGGGGUGAGUGCACUAAAGAUUACGUGGACACGUUCCUGACCUCUGAACCAGAUGGGACGUUUCUAGUGUUUAAAACAAAAGGUUCGACAGGUUUUACUCUGGCUAUCAGAAUUAAUGGAAAGAACAAAUUUGUAGAGAUAUUGCAUGAAGACGACCUGUUUGGUUUUAGUGAACCUUUGGGUUUCGAGAGUUUAAACGACGUCCUGGAUGCGUAUAACUGGUCCCCACAAACAGGAAAUACACUCAUCUAUCCUGCAAUUAGAUCCGAUUCCCCCCUACAUCGAACAAAUUCACGGAGUUCCCAGUUAUCAAUGCAAGACUUGGACCCAUUAACUCUCCUCAUGGACUUACGUUGUGCAGCAAGUUUGAAGAUGAAAAAAGAUGAACGAUAUGCCGCCAUACAAGACGAACAUGAAUCUCUGGAAACGAAGCUACAAGAAGUCACCAAUUCGUUAGAUGCAAUCAACAUCCUCAUCAAAAUGAUUGAAGCACAAAUUGAAAAGAGUAAGAAUGUGAAAUUCCGAUCAUCUAUUCGUUCACAGGCGUCUGAAGCAUUUGAAAGUAAUUUUCGGGAGCUCACUUUGAGGCUUUCAGAUUUAAAUAGCGAGAAACGUCAAUUAACUGAGACCGUAACUGACAUACAACAAGAGACAAACACAGUCGAAAAAGAGCGGACGUUCAUUUACAAAGACAUGCAGCAGACGACACAAGAAAUAAGUACAAUCAGGAGCACACUACUCAAAAGAUAUCCACACUUGGAGACAUUUUUGGACUGGCUGCUGAAUGAGGACAACCAAUGUACCAGGAACAUAACAGUUUCAAGUAUUGAUAAAUCAACUGCUGAAAACAUGUUAAAAUCGAGUAAUGAUGGAACAUUUGUUGUCCGGUAUUGUAACACAGAUGCUGAUAAGCCCUUUAUCAUUAGCGUUCGCUACCAAGGGUCAACAUACCAUUUUCCUGUACUUAAGCACGGGGAUCGUUUUGGACUAGAAGAGAGCACGUGCAUUUUCACAAGUGUUGACGAACUUGUAAACUUAUAUUCUGAAGUUUCACUGUCUAUUCACAACAGCAGAUAUGGUACAUUAAAACUGUGUGACCAUUUAUUUUGUUGAAUGAUUUAAACAAACUUGACAGAUUGUACAGUACUCGUAUUGCACUUUUAAAAUUGUUUACUUGUUUUGAUCAAUAUUUUUUUCAAAAUAAUGUGUAUUUUAUUCUCCUUACAUACAUUUUAUACAAUCAUCUUUAAAUGACACCAGUCAGUAUCCAAUAUUUGUUUCUUUCAAUGUGCAUCUUUAUUAUCAUUUUCAUACAUGUAUAUGGUAUUAAAACGAUACAACGUGUAUAUAAAUCAUUUUUCAACAUGAAAUAAUGUAUAUUUAAAUUGCGUCCUUCCACAUCGUUUUUUGGACACCUAUGUCAAAGUCAUGUUUAUUCUUAUAUCAAUAAAUUAAACUAUGUAGAUUUAUGGGAACUAUUUAUGUAUCCUCAACGUAUAAAUAUUCGUAUCAGUCAAUGCCUAUAAGCUUUAUUUAACUAUACACUAACCACUGACCUAUUGCAUUGUCCACCAGUUUUUGUUUAUGUAUAAAUUGAAUGUGUUCUAGUGUUACAUUCGACAUUUGUUAAUAGAAUUAGUUUGGAAUAAAUCUGUUUAGAUUUUACAAUGAG